AUGACUCAAAUCUACUUGUCUAUUUAUGGGAACGAUUCGAAAUCGUUAAUCCUGUUGAUUGCCUGGCUCCCGGCGGCGAUUUCUGUGGUUUUUGUGUACACGAUCCGAACGAUGACCCUGGUGAGACAACCGAAUGAGCUCCGAAUUUUCUACCGUUUCUUAUGCGUCUCGAUUUUUCUAGCAUUGUUCAUAAUGGGGAUGACGAUUGCUAGGAAUAUUGUGACGUUUUCACAAAGGGCUUACGCUGGUAGUGCUUCUGUGAAUCAUGAACAUCAAUCCACAAAUCCCACAUCAUUGGAACUGGAUAAUCCAAAUCCAAAACCAAAAGCGAAAACAUCUUGUUUUGCUAAUGUGUUCUUGAAUAAGCCUGAAAGAGGAGAAGAUUACAGUAUUCUUCAAGCACUUUUAAGCACAGACAUGUUAAUUCUGUUUGUUGCAACUUUUUGUGGGCUUGGAACAAGCUUAACCGCAGUAGACAAUUUAGGUCAAAUCGGCGAAUCUCUAGGUUACCCUACAAAGACGAUAAAGUCAUUCGUUUCCCUUUUAAGUAUCUGGAAUUAUUUCGGUCGGAUCUUCGCCGGAUUCGUGUCAGAAAUCCUCCUGGUGAGAUACAAAUUCCCAAGAACACUAAUGUUCACACUUGUACUCUUCCUCUCCUGCGUCGGCCUCCUCCUGACUGCUUUUCCGAUUCCGGGAUCCGUCUACGUCGCCUCCAUCAUCAUUGGAUUCUCAUUUGGGGCACAACUGCCCUUAAUCUUCGCCAUCAUUUCAGAGCUUUUCGGAUUGAAAUACUACUCAACAUUAUUCAAUUGCGGGCAAUUGGGAAGCCCAUUGGGAUCAUACAUCUUGAAUGUUAGGGUUACAGGGCCAUUGUACGAUCGUGAAGCAUUGAAGGAGCUUGCAAAGAAAGGAUUAGAUAGGUCAGCAGUUAAAGAGUUGGUUUGCAUUGGCAACCAUUGUUACAGGUCGUCUUUUAUCAUAUUGGCUUGCGUUUGUUGCUUUGGUGGUUUAUCUUUGUUGAUUUUGGUGAUCAGAACUCGAAAGUUCUACAAUGGAGAUAUUUACAAGAAGUUCAGAGACGAAGCUCAGAUCAUUGGAACAUAA